GAUUGCAAAGCUUGAAUCUCACUGUGGGUGCAUGCAAGAGUGGGAGCCCUGUGUGUGUGCGCGUGUGUGUGUGUGUGUGUCACUGUGGACAGGCGUGGCAGUGGGCUGGUCCAGGCGCACCGAGCGAUGAAAAACAUCCUCCGACUUGGUACCAGCUGAGGCCCUGAAAUAACCCCACAAAGGAACCUCGGUUUGGGCGUUAUAAUUGUAAUUAACCACACAUCUCUUUUCUUCCUGAGGUAUACGGCUUCGGGGCCGUGGGUGAGCCGCGCGCUUAGAGAACACGCGCUCCUGAGGAUGCACUGAGGUAUCCCCUCUGACCUCUGGUUGUAAGACAUCCACUGCAGAACAGUAGAAGAUGAGUAAGUCCCCGACCCCAAGUGGCACCCCGGUGCAGCUCAGCCCCAGCGAUGGGGUCCCGGAGAGCCUCCCGUCUCCACAGCACUCCACCCCGGGCUCCGGACCCCCGCAGAAGAAACGCAUCUCCAGCCUCCUCCAGAGUCCGUCGUUCAGGGAGGAGCUGGACGUGCUGAUCCAGGAGCAGAUGAAGAAGGGGGGCAGCUCCUCGAACCUCUGGGCUCUCCGGCAGCUCGCUGACUUCAUGUCUUCUCACGGCUCUCCGGCCGCGUUACCCGUCUCCCCUUCCAACAUGAUGAUGGUGACCCCCAUCAACGACCUUCAGAUCUGGGAGCCCGGCAGCCUGGUGAAGGGCGAGCGCUUGAUGCGCUGCAAGCUGGCGAGCGUCCAUCGCCUGUUCGAUCUGUACGGCUGGGCCCAGAUCAGCCGCACGUGUCUCACUCUGCGUGUUAGUAAAGAACAGGAACACUUCCUGGUGCUGCCACACGGCCUGGCCUACAGCGAGGUGACCGGAUCCAAUCUGGUGAAGGUGAAUAUCGUGGGUGAGGUGGUGGAGAAGGGGAGCACCAACCUGGGCGUGGACACGGAGGAGUUCAGCCUUCACUCGGCCAUCUACUCCGCCCGGCCUGACGUUCGCUGCCUGCUCCACCUCCACACGCCGGCCACCGCUGCUGUUUCCUCGAUGAAGUCCGGCCUGCUGCCACUGUCCCACGAGGCUCUGCUGGUCGGCAAUGUGGCGUAUUACGACUACAACGGGGUGAUGGAGGAGGAGGAGGACAGGGUGGAGCUGCAGAAGAGCCUCGGUCCGACCUGUAAGGUUCUGGUGCUGAGGAAUCACGGCAUCGUGGCUCUGGGGGAGUCUGUGGAGGAGGCCUUCUACACCAUCUUUCACAUCCAGGCUGCCUGCCAGAUCCAGGUGUCAGCUCUGUGCUGUGCUGGUGGAGAACAGAACCUGAUCAUGCUGGAUCGAAGCGUCCAUAAACCCAGCGUGGCCGGCACCGUGGGCUGGGCCGGGUCCACCUUCGGACCGCUGACCAAGACCCGCAUCGGGGAACACGAGUUCGAGGCCCUCAUGAGAACCAUGGAUAACCUGGGCUACCGUACAGGAUACGCUUACCGCUUCCCGGUGCUGCUGGAGCGCUCGCGGACACGGAGGGAUGUGGAGGUGCCGGCCACAGCGACCGCUCACCACCAGUUCGAUGACGACGGGGUGCACCCGGCUCUGAGGCAGCACCCGUUCGCCCAGAGGCAGCAGCAGGAGAGGACCCGCUGGCUCAACACCCCCAACAGCUACCAGAAAGUCAACCAGGAGCUAAACAGCCCGGGGCAGCGCACCACUUGGUUGAAGUCCGAAGAGAUAACACAAUCUGGAAGCACGGCCAUCAAGAUGGAGACCAACCAGUUUGUGCCUCUUUUCACCAACCCUCAGGAGGUGAUCGCCACACGAAACAAGAUCCGACAGCAGAAUCGUCAGGACAUGAAGACGGCUGGACCGCAGUCUCAAGUCCUCGCCAGCGUUAUAACGAUCGACAGUCCUCCGUCUCCUGUGGACACUCCUAAAGUCCCACCAGAACCAGAACCUCCCAACCCCUUCAACCAGCUGACGGACCAGGAGCUGGACGAGUACCGCAAGGAGGUGCAGAAGAAACAGGAUGGAGGAACCAACGGGGAGGAGGUGGCAAAUGACAAGGAGUCUCCCCCCGCUGCCUCCCCCACAGAGAGUCCCCCUCCUCUCUCAGAAGAGGCAAAGCCCGAGUCUCCAGCCAUACAGAACGGAGGCGAGGAGGAGAAGCAGACGACGGAGGAGCUUGAGAAAGGGAUGAAGGCUCUCUCCACCAACGACACCAACGACACCACCUCCACGCCCGCCGCUCCGCCGCCCAAACCACAAGGCGGCACCCCCGAGUGCUCGCCCUCCAAGUCCCCAUCCAAGAAGAAGAAGAAGUUCAAGCCGCCGUCGUUCCUGAAGAAGAGCAAGAAGCAGAAGGAGAAGGCCGAGACCUGAGGCGUUCAGGGACCCCGGACCUCGGUGAAAUACCACAGUGAAACAUCUCCUUAGUGUGUGACAGAGUUAACCACAGCAGCAGAUCUAGAGUCAGUUCAGAUGUCCUUCACAGACACGGUGUACUAACUUCACUUACAAAUACUUUACUGUAACACUGAUGCUCGAUCUAAGUGGUGAUCCAUCUUAAGGGAGACACUGCAGGUGAACAGGCUUAGUUUAUUAACUAAUAGAUAACGCCAUUAUACUUCCUCAGUUACUUACAUAAGACAAUUAUAUUUUGUACCAAACCAUAAAUCAGUUUCUACCAUCAUUUUUUAAAUAAAACCUUCUAUAAACCGAAGAGUGUGUGAACAAACCCCUCUUUAAUAACCCUCAGAAUAAACAUAGGCAUGAAUGUUUGGUUAAUGUUCAGUAAUUGCUACUGAAGUGGAAUUUUCUGACUCAUUUUGAGAAAACUGCCUUCAAAGAUAUACACUGUAAAAUUCAUUUUGUACACACUACAGGAGAAUAGGGUAAAAAUAACUUAAGACAUCAACAUGAAACUCCCUCCAGUUACUUACAUUAAGAAAUGUUGGUUUAAAUAUGCAAAAGAACCAUCAUCUAAUGCUAACUUUUGGUGAAUUAAGUAAAAAUCUACAAAGACACAAAUGUGUUUUUCUUAUAUUUCCCUUCCAGUAAUAUGAAAGAUAUAUUUGCCUGUAGUGUCUCACCUUAGGUUAAAGAACACUGAUCAUGUUUUCACGCAGUAUUUGACCCAGGUCCGGUACAACCUGAUGCUUCUUGUCACACACACUCAGUCCCUGUAUUACUCACGUCUUAUUUUCACCUGCUGUGCUAUCAAACCAUUACUUAACUUCACUGUAUAGGCAUUCAAACACUCUUUCUUAAACUUAGUUACUUGUGCACUCAGAAUUUGUUUCAUACCAUUGAUUUUUAAUCCACAACUUUGCAAGACACGGCAGACAUUUAACACCCCUUGAAUUAUGCACCAAUUAUCCAUGUAAGAGGCACUUGACAUAUGUAUAUUGACAUUUUAGUACGUUGUAUUUGUUCAUCAUCAUAGGCAUCUUCUAGUCAUUAUUUGGUUUUAUUUAUCAGAUAGAUGUUGCAGGUAUACUCUGUGAGCACAGGUGCAGUACAUGUAGAAAUACACUGAUAGCUUCUGAUUGUGCUCCUCUGAUUGCUGGUUCUGUGUGAAAAUAUCAGCCUAUUGACGUUAUUGCAGCAGGGAAGAAUAAAGAAAAACUGACUCGCAAACAAAACACAAGUCGCUUUAAAUGCCUCUAUUAACCCGAAAAAGGAUGAAGCAUAAAUAAUUUGUUGCUUGCCGAUGCAGUUUGAAACCCAGUAAUAGAAGAUACUGAAGGUACUAAACAUUCCACUUUUCUCAUGUUCUUUUAAGUGUAUGUGUGCAAAAUACCUCUUAACAGUUGUAUUUAUUUUCAGUUGUAACCAGUAGCUGUUAUCAGAUAUGCUGAUGUGUGAUGUUUGCUUAUGGUUUUAAUUUAUUUUAUAUUAGAAUGUAUAAGUGAGUGUUGCAAGGUGACCAUGUAUCAGUCAUUAAAGAUCAAGUUUGAUUUAAAAUCAACUGGA